CACUUAGCAGGCGAAAUUCGUCACAGUUUUCUGUCCGCAAUAACGUCGAGUUGAGAAAGAACGACCUGGGGAUUGUGUGUUGCAGCUCCGCUCCUUCCUGGUUCGCAGUUUCGAGCGAAAACGAUGUUAGCAACCUCGGUGGCUAACUAUCUUUAGCUGCGACUGAAGCGCUGCAGGACGGGUGAAAUUCACUGAACAGACUCCUCCUUUUUGGGACGAGACUGCUGUUUCACGUAUCGGUUAACAUCGAUAACACAGAUUUACCAGCAUUUACUGGCUCGGAGAGUAACUUUGCCGUCCGAAGAUCCCAAACGAUCGACUCGCAGGCAGCGUCUACUUGGAGCAGCUGCACUCCAUUACUGUGAUUGUCGACGAGAGGAUAAAACUCAGUGAGGAGGGUCUCUGGUAUCUGCCUUUCUUCACAGAAGCAUCAUGAAGGGUAUGCUUAACAUGAGGGUUAUUGGCUUGUGCCUACUGAUUGGUGGAAGCUUCAGCUUUCCAGUGACCCGAGUUGAUUACAACAAUCCUGUCCGAGUUGGGUUUGGACCCAGAUCCUACAACCCGCAAACUGCACACACUCAGGGGAUGGCACCAUUUGAGUCACAGCUCCUAGUGAAUAAACCGUCCAACACUGCAGUUCAUGUCCCUUCUAGUGGCUAUUACCCAUACUGGCAGGAGUUGGCGCAGCAAGUGUUUCAGCCAGAUGAUCCCAAGCAAGUGGCUGCUCCGGCACCUCAGCAGCAAGUUUAUCUCCCACCUCAGCAGCAAGUCCAGCUAGCUGCUCCGGCACCUCAGCAGCAAGUCCAGCUAGCUGCUCCGGCACCUCAGCAGCAAGUUUAUCUCCCACCUCAGCAGCAAGUCCAGGUCGCUGCUCCGGCACCUCAGCAGCAAGUCCAGCUAGCUGCUCCGGCACCUCAGCAGCAAGUUUAUCUCCCACCUCAGCAGCAAGUCCAGGUCGCUGCUCCGGCACCUCAGCAGCAACUUUAUCUCCCACCUCAGCAAGUUCAGCAACUAGCUGCUCCUGCUCCACAAGCCCAGCAGCAGUUAUCGCUGCCUGUUCAGCAGCAGGCCCAGGUAGCUGCUCCUGCCCCCCAGCAGGUUCUGCUCACACCCCAGCGGCAUGUCCUACUUGCUGCUCCCCAACAGCCCCAUGUCCAAGUCAAACCCCCGCAGCAAGUGCCACAACCUGCUCCCCAGCAGCAGUUCCUACUGACUCUGCCCCAGCGGCAGGUAGCGGCAUUACCCCAACUGCUACAGCAGCAACCGCUGGCUCCCCAAGUCCCAGUGCCCCAACAGCAAGUUCAAUCAGUGGUGCCGCAGCAGGUGCCCCAGGAACAACUGCCCCAGCAGGAAGUGCUGCAACAAGCCCAACCAGUGGUGCCUCAGCAGGUGCCUCAGCAGCAGGUGCUGCAGCUGCCCCAGCAACAAGCCCAACCAGUGGUGCCUCAGCAGCAGGUGCUGCAGCUGCCCCAGCAACAAGCCCAACCAGUGGUGCCCCAACAGCAAGUGCAGCAACUGCCGCCGCCGCAGGCCCCCAAGAAGCCGCUGCCCCCGCCGCCGCAGGCCCCCAAGAAGCCGCUGCCCCCGCCGCCGCAGGCCCCCAAGAAGCCGCUGCCCCCGCCGCCGCAGGCCCCCAAGAAGCCGCUGCCCCCGCCACAGGCCCCCAAGAAGCCACUGCCCCCGCAGGUCCCGCCGCAGCUGCCCCAGCAACCACUGCCCCAGUGGCAACUGCAACUGCUUCAGUACCCACUGCAGCUCCCCCAGCACCAACUGCCACAGUUGCCAGCCCAACCAGUGCUCCCCCAGCAGCCGGUGCUCCCCCAGCAUCCGGCCCAACUGGUGCUCCCCCAGCAGCCAGUGCUCCCCCAGCAGCCAGCAAAACCAGUGGCGCCCCAGCAGCCGGUGCUCCCCCAGCAGCCAGCAAAACCAGUGGCGCACCAGCAGCAACAGACUCCAGCAGUGAUUGCUCAGCAAGCUCCCACGCUACCUGAGGAGAUUCCUGUACCUGAAGAUGAAGACGCAGAACAGUUGGUGCAAACCUGGAACGUGUAUCCCCAUCAGGCGCCGUUGGAAGUUCCGAGUGAGACCUCCCCACCUUUGCCAUCAUCGUACAUCAUUCAGUCCAGAAAUGGCUACAAGCGUGAGCUGGAGCUUUACUCCCACAUGACUUAUUCUCCUGAUGGUGUUGGCAUUGUGUCUCUGCCUGAAACCCCCGUCAAACAUGGAAUUAAAGUCUAGGGUUACAGGUCUAUUGGAAGGGUUUAAUAAAACGGAA